AUGUCACCCGGCCCUCUCUGCAGUGACCCUGCACCGCAAAGGAUGCUGGGAAAUAACAAACACUAUUACCCUGGGGAGGACGACAAGGAUGGGGAGGAUGAGGAAGAGGAAGAGGAGCAGGGACAAGAUAACAAAAAGGGGGAUGGUAGAGAGAAGGAGAACGGAGGGGUGGAAGGGCUCGAGGAGAUUGAGAUGAAGGGAGGCAGACAAUCACGCGAAGGUAAAGGGGAGGGAGGUAAACCCUCAGCCAUUGUGGUUGGAAGGCAGAGAGGGGACCGGACACUGAGGCCAGACAAUCCAGGAAAUAGAGGCAUCCCUUAUACGUCCAAUCAGGCCCCUCAUAAGCAGCAGCACCAGCAGCAGUAUCACCCGGCCCCAUCCACUCAGACCCAGAAAAGACGUGCUCACAUGGAGCGCAGUAUGACCACAGUGGCGCCCAUAGAGGACACUCGACUAACCAUGAUGGUGUUUCGCAUUGGAAUCCCUGACAUCAAACAGACAAGGUGUCUGCAGUUUGACCCUGACUUCACAGUUUGGAGCGCCAAGCAGGAGGUCAUCUGUUCGCUGAGCGAGCCACUGUGGGACGUCUAUAACUAUGGCCUCUUUCAGCCCGCCGGAGACGGAUGCGAUGCCAUGUUCCUGGAGGAGGAGCGCUGCCUCCGAAACUACCCACAGUCCUUUGAGAAAGGGGUGCCUUACCUGGAGUUUAGGUACAAGACCAGGGUAUACAAACAGACAAACCUGGAUGAAAAACUACUUACAAAAUUGCACACCAAGGUGAGUCUGAAAAAGUUCAUGGACUACAUUGCAAGUGGAUCAAUAGAUAAGAUGUCAAAAGUCCUGGAAAAAGGUCUCGACCCAAACUACCAUGACCCUGACAACGGGGAAUCCCCACUGUCUGUGGCGGUGCAGUCUGGCAUGACAGUGGAGGGGAUCAGGGUGCUCGUUCAGGGUGGGGCCCAUGUGGACUUUAGAACCAGAGAUGGACUGACAGCUGUACACAAGGCUGUCAGGGCACACAAUCACGUUGCACUGCUGGCUCUUCUGUCCCUGGGAGCAUCUCCUAACUACAAAGACCGAUGUAGCCUGACCCCAUUGUACCACUCAGUGCUGACAGGCGGCGACACCUCCUGCUGCGAGACCCUACUCUACUACAGGGCCAGACUGGGAGUGAGGGAUGAGAAUGGCUGGGAGGAGUCUCACCAGGCCUGCCAGAAUGGUUUUGCCCAGCACUUGGAGCACCUUCUGUUCUAUGGGGCAGAUACCACUUCUCAGAAUGCCUCAGGGAACACCGCACUUCAUAUUUGUGCCCUGUAUAAUAAGGAAAGCUGUGUCCGUGUUCUGCUCUACAGAGGGGCCAAUAAGGAAAUGAAGAACAAGCAUGGGCAAACCCCCUUUCAGGUAGCAGUAAUGUCGGGCCAUUUUGAACUUGGGGAAAUCCUCAAAAACCACAGAGAUGCAGAUGUAGUGCCCUUUCUGGAAUCCCCAAAGUAUGCUCCCAAAAGAGGAGAGAGUGCACGAACGCUCCCUCUCCUCAUGGCUCACCCCUACCCCCUCCUGCGUGCUAACAGUGAUAACAGCAUGACCCUGCCUGACCCCAUGACCCUAUCCAACAAGGCUGCUGGAGCCAAUCCCACCCCUGGACAGGCUCGCAGGGCCUCUGUGGGUGUGAGGAGCUCCAGCAGUCCCAGGGCCCGUACCCGCUCCCCGUCGCGAGGAGGAGGGCAGAGCGACACAGAGGAGAGGCAUCAAAGCAAACCACAGCGCGGCAGACAGGGUGCGACCUCAGCGGGAAGUGGCGGGUGGUCGGCUGGGGGUCAGAUGAGGCAUAUGUAUAGUGCGGUCCCAGGGCGAGUGUACAUGGCCACGAGGGCCUACACUGCCCACGGAGAGAAAGAACUCAGCAUCAACAAAGGAGACAAAGUCAAAGUGUUGAGUGUUGGAGAGGGGGGGUUCUGGGAGGGCACAGUGAAAGGUCGUACAGGCUGGUUCCCCUCAGAUUGUGUGGAGGAGGUGGGUCCUCCCAGUAAGGACAAUCGAUCAGAGACGCGCAGUGAGAAAGCCAAGAGGAAGCUGUUUCGUAAUGUCACCAUGGGAGCAUAUGAUGGCGUGGAUGGCCCCAGUGACUACAUCAUUAAGGAGAAGACAGUGCUCCUGCAGAAGAAAGACAAUGAGGGCUUUGGCUUUGUGCUUCGGGGAGCCAAAGCCCAGACUCCUAUAGAGGAGUUCACGCCGACCCCAGCAUUCCCCGCGCUGCAGUACCUGGAGUCUGUGGAUGAGGGCGGUGUGGCCUGGAGGGCUGGCCUAAGGAUGGGGGACUUCCUUAUUGAGGUCAAUGGUCACAAUGUCGUGAAGGUGGGCCACAGGCAGGUGGUCAACAUGAUCAGACAAGGUGGCAACACUCUGAUGGUCAAGGUUGUCAUGGUGGCCCGCAACCCGGAGACAGAGGAGACCAACCCUAAGAAGAAAGUCCCCCAGCAGGCUAAGAGGCUGACUCCUCCAGCCAUUGCCCUGCGCUCCAAAUCAAUGACAUUAGAGCUGGAAGACAUGGCUGCCUCUCCGUGGAAAAAGAAAGCAGAGUACGAGUCCUCCCAGGUGCCUGAUAAGAAGAGGACAGUCUAUCAAAUGGCACUAAAUAAACUGGAUGAGAUCCUGGCAGCAGCUCAGCACACGAUUGCGUCAGACGGACAGGGGCAGCGGGGUCACGGGGGGAAGAGAGAACGAACCAAGAGCAUCGCCCCCAAUGAGGUACUGCAUCAUUCUCAGCAUUGUGUGACGGAGGAGGAGAGGCAGUCCCUCCACACCCCGGCUAUGAAACUGUCCCGUAGCCUGUCGGAGGACAUCCCCCCUCCCCCCAGCACAUCCGCCCCAGAACCUCCCUUGUCUGCUGGACCCCACACUGCUCGGAGGGGGGAGCAGUCUGCCCCCCAGCCACUGUCCUCCCAGGCCCAGGCCCACUACCAGGCCCUCUCCACCCAGCAACAAGCAGCGCACGAUGCCCAGGCAGGUUGGGACAAUCAACAGCACGGCAUGACCACCACCCUCCAGAGAGGAGGGGGACAAUACACAGGGGAUCCCACGGAGGGGACAAGGAGAGGAGGGGGCAAAAUGGGGGCAUUGAGGAGGGACUACAGUAGUGCUACUCCACCUACAAGCGCAGCUCCCAAAACUCAACAGCAACCCCAGCAGCAACAGCAGCCCCAGCAACAGCAAGAGGCGGCCCGGGAGAGGAUCGGAGGGGCAAGCAGGGGCGGGGGAGUCAGGAAGGGCGGGAGGGGCCCUCUAGUAAAGCAGCCCACAGUGGAAGGAGGGCUCGGCAGGCACCACAGAGGGGGGCAAGGCCAGGGGGGUAAAAGCUCAGGGGCCAAAGAGAAGAGCUCCAUCCCCAUCCCCACCAUCAUCGUCAAGGCUCCAUCCACCAGCAGUGGCAGUGGCCGCAGCAGCCAGGGCAGCAGCAUGGACGCUGAGCAACCGCCUCCCGACAUAGACGACCCUACCUCCCCCCCUGCCUCUCCCGACACCCACACCACCCCCGGCCCGCCUUCCACCGUGGCCCCCUCACCACCCCAGCCCCCUGUCUCCUCCCCCAUGACCCCUUCGACUGUCGCCCCCCAGCUGCCCCCUAACCUGGAGAACCUGGACUUCACCACCCAGUUUGGGGGGGCCUUUGUCGGGGCAGCGCGCCGGGACCGGGAACGUUUCCGUGACAUGAGGAGGAAAAGUGCUUCCUUCUUCCUCUCCUCCGAAGAGGAUGUCCAAGGGGAGGCGGGGGGAGGUGGAGGGGUAUGGACCCAGCCCCUACAGGGGAUGGGGAUUGAUGUCCCCACCCCCCGCCUCCGCCCCUCCAAGUCAAUUGACGAGGGCAUGUUCUCUAGGGACAAUUACGUCCACUACGCCAGCAGUAUGCCCCCUGCCUUUGGGCUGCCUGAGUACCACUCCCCUGUGAUGGGCCAGGAUGGCCAGCCCAAGUCCGCUCCCUCCAACUACGGCCCAGGCUCUCCAGCCACCACCUUCAUCCACCCUCUGACUGGGAAAGUCCUGGACCCCUCGUCACCCCUGGGCCUGGCGCUGGCUGCACGAGAGAGGGCCCUCAAGGACGACCGGAGGACCCGACGGGAGGAGCGGCACUUUGGCCGGCAGAUGUCCAGCGUGGGGGUGUUCCCUACAUCUCUCCCGUCUCCCACGCCAUCCCUGUUCUCCACAUCCACCACCACCACCUCACACGCCUCACUGAACCGCCCACAGUCACCCAGGAUAUUACGCUUGGGAGGGGGAGGAGAGAGAGUGGAGAGGGACCAGGCGGCUGGAGCCAGAGAGGGCCUCAGAGUUCGCUUUUCAGAGGACAGAACCAAUCAGUACCAGACCCAAUAUUACCAACAGAGUCCUAGAGACAGGGAGCCUCCUGGCCCGCCCAUGCAGCCGCCCGGCCCGCCGCCUCAGCCUGCACCCUGCAGACCCUCGUUCCUGCAGAUGGAGAACAGUGCAAACGCUAGCUACAUCCCCCAGUACACCCUCACCGCAGCCCCAGCACACCCACAUGAAGGUGGGGGAGAGGGAGGAGUUGGAGGGGGACUGGGGCUCAUGGUUCUUCCCCCGCCUGCACCCUCGAUAGAUUUGGACGAUGAGUUUGUCUUUGUUGACCCCCUGCCCCCUCCCUUGCAGUUCGCCAAUGGCCAAGGCCAGCGAGAAAUGCAGAGGGGAUACCCUCAACAGCAUCAGCACUCAGCUCAACACGUCUCUUCUGCCAUGCCACCCCCACCGCCCCCCCUCUCCUCUCCUAAAGUACCUCCACCAGGAGGCUUCCCCUCCAACGCCCCCCUCCCCUCCCCCCAGGCCGGGGACUCUGCCGCCUCCAGCCUCACAUCCUACGACAGCGAGGUGGCCAACCUCACCCAAUCAGGUCUAUCUCCCUCCCUCCCCUCGCCCCAGAUAUUCCCCCCUUCCUCCACCACUACAGCCGCCUCCAUUUUACCCGCACCCACACCCUCACUCCACAGACCCCAGCCCAUGUCGCAUACACACCCCUUCUUCAGUGACCCCACCGUACCAGUUAACCCCGCUAAUAUGGGUGCCCCUGCGCCCCAAAUGACCUUAGCACGGUACCGCGGCCCGGCCACCCUCACUACGACUAUGACCUACGCCACAACAACGACCAUGACCGCCACCGCCACUGCUACCACAGCCUCUGUGGUGUCGUCAGACUACAACGCGUCUCUGAAAGCCCCCAGAACCGCCAUCAACACUGCAGGCAAGGCAGGAGACCACCACCCCUCCAUGAUGAAGACUGGAGACUGGCAGACAGAGACGGUGGUGGACUCUGGGAUCGAGGAGCUGGACAGCCACAGCAGCGGUGACCAGCACCUGGAAAUACUGGGAGUGAGUGAACUGACGGGUGAGAGAAGAGGAGGAGUGGAAGGGGAUGGAUGGGCUGGCGAGCACCCAGAUCCUUAUAUGACCUACUCAGGUGGGCAAGCGUUUGAAGCACACCACGCCAAACACACGACCAAACCCACCGUGUAUCCAAAGACGAUGCAGUACAAAGAGGGCGGUAUCAAGGACACAAGGGAAGCGUUGCGUCGACAGGUGAGCACCAACCCGCCCUACCAGAGCACCCCACCACACCCCCAGAGACAGGCUAACCCAGAGGAGGAGGCCAGGAGAGGAGAGGGAGGAGCAGCAGAUGAGAGGAUACAAUGUAGACAGAGUCGACCAAAGAUGGAGGACUGCUUCGGUUCCACCCUGGCUGCCUGUCUGGAGCGGCCCAACACCCUGGAGCCAAGGGGGUCAACCGAGGGGGUCGACCAGGGACAGGGCCUGGAGCGAGGCGAGGCCCAGAGGGACGGGAUGUCUAUUGAGGGGCGCAGGUUGCACUCGCCACUCUCGGGGGUGAAGGCCAGCAUCAUCAACGAGCUGAGCUCCAAGCUGCAGCAGAUGAGCAAUAAGAGCACAGACGACUGGGGUCAGUCUGAGAUGCGAGGUCAGAGUCCCAUUAGUCUGAGGUCACCCACAAUGCACAGAUAUUCUGGGGAUUUCUCCGCCUCGUUUCAGAGCCCCCCAACAGCCCGCUCCACUUCCCCCUUACCCACCUCUUCCCCGCAGCAUCGCCCGCCAAUCCUCACCCCCAAUCUCACCGCCACCCCCUCCGGCUCGCCCUCCCACCAGCCCACACUGCAGCCCAACUGGACCCAGCUGAGGUCGUCUGUGUCCCGCCGGCGCGCCCCCAGCCCCCUCAUAUACUCCACAGACCGCCCCAGCCCUGCCCCUCCCAGACCCUCCUCCCUCCCCAUCCUCCCCAGCACCCAUGUCUACAACACCCCCUUUGAUUUCCCCAAUCCCCUCACCCCUUCAUCCCCAGGCCACACCCUAGGAGACUCUUACAACCCCUCCACCCCGCCUCUCUUCCCCACAUCCCCACAACCUCCCAGUGCCCUCCUGGUCUCCCGCUCCCUUUCACCCACCCAGUUCCUCUCCAGCGCCUCCUCGCCCUCCAUGCACCUGCCCCCCUCUCCGUCCUGCCUCAGCUACCCCCACCACACCCCUCCUCCCCCAGCCAAACCCUUUACCAUCAAGCCCCUGUCCUACUGGACGAAGUGGGACGUGGCCGACUGGCUGGCCUACCUAAACCUGGGGGAGCACCGGGAGCGCUUUCUGGACAACGAGAUUGACGGCUCCCACCUACCCUCUCUCACCAAGGACGACUUCCUGGACCUGGGGGUGACGCGCGUCGGCCACCGCAUGAACAUCGAAAGAGCGCUGAAGAGACUGACUGACAGGUGA